GUCAGCAUCCCGUUGCCGAGGAACAUGAACUUUGUCGGGAGGGAUCAGAUCCUUCAAGAUAUCCAUAGUGCGGUUACGUCUCACAGAUCCAAAGAAUCCGACUGCAUUAAAUGUGUAGUGUAUGGCAUGGGAGGUGUCGGAAAAACACAAACGAUUCUCGAGUACGCUUAUAGGUACCGACCAAAAUUUUCAUCUAUCUUCCGGGUCAAGGCCAAUAGUUAUGAAUCUGCCGUGGAGAGCUAUUGCACUAUCGCACCAAUCAUUGGGCUG